AACACAUUCUGGAUUGGAUCUGACGGAGCAAGUGGCAAUUCAGCGUAGUCUGGCUUUCGGGUCGGAGUUGUAAAAUAUUGCAUCAAAUUAUACACACUUUAAUGUAUUUUUAUAUUUUACAUAUAUUUGUGAUGAGUAGGUUAUGUGUUUACUUGGCAUAAGAGGAGUACUAAGGUUCGCUUUCUGUGGGAGACUGACUCAAAAUUACUUUCCUUGAGUUAUUGGAAGGCUACGAUUACUUUUGCUUGGACCUUGGAAGGCUCUCUGAAAACUGCCACCUUGACAUGUAUUCCCGUUUUCUAACAUGCAACAACAACACUGUAUAAGGUUCUGGCCUGCUGGUUCAUGCGGUUCCAUUCCAGCCUUCUCUGUGCUCUGACCACAGCACCCGCCGGGGCCCUCAAGCACAUAAAUGGUAGCUCCACACCUCUCCAACCCCUGACACACUCUGUACAAUAAAAUAUAAGAAAGUUGAACAGGAAAUUUAGGCAGCAAAAGAGAUUUUCCGUCUCUCAGGCCUCCCUUGACUUGGCAUCCGUAACCGGACUGGGAGUUGAGACAGCUGAUUUGAGGCUGUGAGUGUCCUCCCCUCUACUGCUUCACAUUCCCUCACCUGUCAGCUGUGUGUGUUUCUGUGAGGACAGUAACUCUGAGGUAGGUUGAUGCGGCUGUGCUUCAGCAUGGCACUGUGAGGAAGCCGCUGCCUGGACUCUGGACGGACGCCAGUGAAGUGCUUACACACCUUGGACCAUCAUGGGGAAGGAGCAGGACCUACUGCAGGCCGUCAAGACCGGAGACCUGCCCUCCACUCAGAAACUACUGGCCAAGCUCAAAGCCAGCCGAAACAAGUUGUUGGGCUCCACGAAGAGACUGAACGUCAACUACCAGGAUGGAGAUGGGUUCUCAGCUCUCCACCAUGCUGCUCUGACCGGACCUACAGACCUGCUGUCUGUGCUGCUGGAGGCCCAGGCCACCGUUGACAUCAAGGACAGGAACGGUAUGCGUCCGCUCCACUAUGCAGCAUGGCAGGGCAAGGCUGACUCUGUCCUUAUGCUGCUGCGGGCCGGAGCUGGAGUCAAUGGGGUCUCACAGGAUGGACACAUCCCCCUGCACCUGGCCGCACAGUACGGACACUAUGACGUGUCUGAGAUGCUGCUACAGCAUCAGUCCAACCCCUGUCUGAUCAACAAAACCAAGAAGACCCCCCUAGACCUGGCCUGUGAGUUGUGGUAGAGUCAGGUUGCUCAGCUGUUGUUGAGCAGUAACAUGGUGGUGGCUCUGUUAGAGGGUAAUAGUAAGGAACCUGCAGACUCAGGCUUUAACACUCCGCUGCACCUCGCCGCACGCAACGGACACAAGGACAUCAUCCGGUUGCUGUUGAAAGCGGGCAUCGACAUCAACAGGGCCACUAAGGCUGGCACUGCCCUGCACGAGGCUGCCCUCUACGGCAAGACGGAGGUGGUCAGACAGCUGCUGGAGGCUGGUAUAGACGUGAACAUCCGUAACACGUACAACCAGACAGCCCUGGACAUGGUGAACCAGUUCACCACCUCCCACGCCAGCAAGGACAUUAAGCAGCUCCUACGAGAUGCUACAGGUGUCCUGCAGGUGAGAGCUCUGAAAGACUACUGGAACAUCCACGACCCCACUGCUCUCAACAUCCGGGCCGGGGAUGUCAUCAUGGUCCUAGAGCAGCACAUGGACGGGCGCUGGAAGGGGCACAUCCACGACAGCCAGAGGGGCACCGACCGGGUGGGCUACUUCCCCCCGAACAUUGUAGAGGUCAUCAGCAGACGCUCAGGGGGCACCCUGUCCCGGCACGCCUCUCUGCCCACCCAGCGCCACCAGCUCCUCUCCAGAGCCCCCCUCUCCUCCAGCCUGAGCUCAGCCCCCCAGACCGACGACUCCUACACACUGUACACCCCCAACAAUCCCCACCUGGCCCUCCCCCACACCAUCGGCCUCAGCGCCAACCCAGGUCGGCCUCCCAGCAGCCUCUCUCAGCCUGGUUGUCCCAAGGAGGACAUCUGGGUGCUCAGGAACUCACACACCACUGCAGGUGACAGGAACAGUGUAGGGAGUACGGGCAGUGUGGGCAGCACCCGUAGUGCUGGGAGUGGACAGAGCACAGAGAGUAACACUGCUCUCAACGGACAACACCACCAGACCACUGCACUCCCAGACACAGCCAAACCAGCGCCCUCUGCUGGUGACUCAGGGCAACCAGUCCCAAAUAAACAGCCUGACCUGACUGCAGUGGUUCUGGGUGCUCCUCGGAGGCCGAUGGUGAACAUACAGAGACCAGGGGAACAGCAGUUUGUCUCCCCACAGUUUGUACGUCCUCAGCAGCUACUGGAGGGCAAGGAUGCAGAGGCCAUCUACCAGUGGCUGAGUGACUUCCAGUUGGAGCAGUACACUGGGAACUUCAUCACGGCCGGCUACGACGUCCCCACCAUCAGCAGGAUGACCCCAGAGGACCUGACGGCCAUCGGCGUCACCAAGCCAGGCCACCGCAAGAAGAUCUCAAUCGAGAUAGGAAACCUCAGCAUCCCAGAGUGGCUGCCUGAAUACAUCCCGGCAGACCUGGGGGAGUGGCUGAGUACCAUAGGCCUGCCUCAGUACCAAAGGAAGCUGUCAGAGAACGGCUAUGACUCCAUCAGCAUCGUACGGGACCUGACCUGGGAGGACCUGCAGGAGAUAGGCAUCACCAAGCUGGGCCACCAGAAGAAGAUGAUGCUGGCUGUGAAGAAGCUGUGUGACAUCCAGAGGGCCAUCCUGGCUGCAGAAUCUGGCCAGGGCACGUUGCGCCGCAAGCCCCCUGGAGCCCUUCACCUGGUCACCAUCGAGCCCCCUGACAGCUCCUCUGACUGCCCCUCGCCCCACACCCCCAAGAUGCUGACCUUCCAGGACAGUGAGCUGAGUGCUGAGCUGCAGACAGCCAUGUCCAGUCACUACCAGGAGGGCCUGGCCUUUAAGAGUGCUGUGGGCAUGUCUCGGAGCCAAGAGAGCAUCGACGCCCGGUCCAGGGGCUCAGGGCGCUCCCAGGACCCCCCCACAGCCUCCAUCACUCCCCACAGCCUCUCACAGGAGAGCCUAGGCAGCAGCAGCACCUCCACCAGCCUCAGUGCUGACAGCAGCCCUGCCAAGGAAAGGAACAUUCCAGAAGGCUGGGACCAGAGGUCCAUACUACAGCAGCAGCUUCCCAAGCAGGUCCCCCUGGGGGCAGCCACCGUGUUCCAGUACCCAGCCAUCCCAGCCAAGCCUAAAGGCCCUGGGUCUCACUCCCUAGGCUCCUCUCCCCAGGGCUCCCCGGCCCAGAGGGGCUUCAGCUACCUCCACUCCCACUGUGGCAGCACCGACCUGGGCCACAGCUCGCCCACCAAGCCCUUGGCACACACCUACCACGCCAUGACCCUGGCCCCGCCUAAGAAGCGCAGCCAGAGCCUGACACGCUAUGCCCUGUCAGACGGCGAACCAGACGAAGAGGAUGACGACCUGGCUCCACCCUCUAGCACCCUAGAGUCCUACGCCACCCUGACCCGCCGGCCCGGACGCAGCCAGCUGGCAGGCAUGCAGAUCACACCCGUAAAGUACGGCACUGUGGGACGUAGCCAGUCCUUUGCCGUGCGCGCUCGUAAAAAGGGUCCCCCUCCAGCCCCACCCAAGAGACUGAGCUCGGUGAGCAGCAGCCUCAGCGUUGGGUCCACUGAGAAUAUGGCGCCCUCUCCUGGGGUGGAGACAGACAGUCCAGGGAGCGUGAGGAGCAUCGCAGCCUGUCUGGAGGCCUCCACUGAGGGGAAGAGCCUGUCCAGGCCCAGGCUGGACCUCCUCCAACCAGAGCCUCCCCUCCCCAGCCUCACCCCCUCAGGACUGGAGCCCAGAGAGGCCUCUGCAGGGUUGAGGAGGAGGGUGCAGAGCGAAUGUGUUCCAGCCCAGACCGACAUCCAAGACCAUUACCCAGACCCAGAGCGAGGGGUGAAGUCAGACUCUGAGGAGGAGGAACCUAAGGCACCAGGUUUGGAUGGCUCCUCAUCCCCUCACAAUAGCUCCAGCGAGUGUAUCCCCUUCGCCGAGGAGGGCAACCUCACCAUCAAGCAGAGGCCCAAGGUGGGAGGGCCGCCCAGGGCCGAGAGCACUGUGGAGAUCCCGGCAGACAAGAACGGGCCCACCAAGGCAGCCCUGGAGGUGCCUGAGUUUAACCUGAAGGAGUCAGACACUGUGAAGCGGAGAUACAAGCCUAAAGACCAUGCUGGCAGCUCUCCCACCAGUGACAGUGAGGGCCAGAUAGGGUCAGACUCCAGUCCAGGCAGCAGGCCCCAGUCCCAAAGCUGUGAGGAGGUGAGUCUGGUCAGUCUGAGGAUCAGUGAGGCCAGUCUGGAGGGGCUGGAGAACCUAGCAGUGACAGGCACACCCCUCAAACCCCCCGUCUCCCCCAAGCCUCACAGCUCCCACGGACCCCCCGUCACAGCCCCAAAACCGUCCCGACACAGUCUGGCUGCUGCUACAGCCAUAGUGCCACCCACUAUGACUGUCAAUGUGGUACAGAGUCUUGCCUUCUCAGCCCCACCAUCACCCACACCCAGCCGGUGUCCCCCAGCCCCAGGGCUUCAGUGCCAGGCAGCCCAGACAGGCAAGCCCCAGGUCUGUGUGGUCGGCCCAGGCCCAGGGGUAGAGUCUGGCCCGGGGUUAGAGGUGGUGCAGCAGCAGAGGCUGGAGCAGACCAGCACCUCUCUGGAGGCAGCACUGCAGGCUGUGGAGAGAGAACUCACCCAGGAGGACAGCACUGACGGUGGGUCUAACACAGUGAAGUCAACUGGCAACAUUCUGGAUGACAUUGGCAACAUGUUUGAUGACCUUGCUGACCAGCUAGAUGCCAUGCUGGACUAAGCCCUCUAUCCACUCCACUGACCAGCCCACUGACCCUUGACCCUUCACCUCAGGAAGUACUAAUGACCAUGAGAGGGAGAAUGGAGCAGGUCACCCCACCUAAGUGUUAUCUCCGACCCCGACGCCCUUCAAACUACAGACCAACCGCCACCACCAGACUAACAGAAAACAUAUGGGACUACAUUGUAGGAUGUGCCAUGGAGUGGGAUGCUUUUAAUGAACAGUGUGGAUCCAUCUCCCUCCUCCCUGCCUCCAUGUUGCCACUUCCUCUCCUUUCAACACCAGCACUUAACUCUGCUCUAUAGUGCUUUGCCAUCAGUCACAACAACCCUGUUGGUUUCAACACGGGGCCUGACAACAACCCUGUUGGUUUCAACACAGGGCCUGACAACAACCCUGUUGGUUUCAACACAGGGCCUGACAACAAAACUGUUGGUUUCAACACAGGGCCUGACAACAACCCUGUUGGUUUCAACACAGGGCCUGACAACAACCCUGUUGGUUUCAACACAGGGCCUGACAACAACCCUGUUGGUUUCAACACAGGGCCUGACAACAACCCUGUUGGUUUCAACACAGGGCCUGACUGACUGUAGAUACAUGAGGGAUGGACAACAUACUGUACCAGUACACUGUUGUAUUGGGUUGUUUCAUACAACACGAGUUAAACUGUGUUGUCCUUUUUAUUCUACCCAACAUCCUCCAUUUCUUCGUCAUGUUGGUGUGCCUUUCUUCCCCUCCCUUUCUCACAGUCUCCACCUCUGUGUAAAGUCAUUGUUUGGCCGUAGAGGGAGAGAGAGAGACAAUGGGGAGAAGUGUUUUUAUCCUGGCCUAUAGAGGAACCAUUCCUAGACAGAAUAUUACCAUACAAUACCAUUUGUAUUAGACACUGUAUCAGUCAUUUGACCUUUGUGUUUCACCAUGUCUGACCAUUUCAAUUGGACCUUGUUGAUAUUUUCAAUACUCUUGUAUUUGAUCCAUUUUCUACCAAGUUGACCACAAUGAAAGUGUUUGUCUUCCUCAAGGCAAGGUGCCAGUACGUUUGUGCUGUUAAAAUGUUUAGUAAUCAUUCUUUAGUAAUACAGAAUGACUAGAUGCUAUAUCAUUUCUUGUUUUAUGUAAAACAUUUGGAAGUGCUGGAUGAUAUUGUUUAUACAAAAGGGAAGAAGACCUUUGCUUUUCAAAGCAUAUUUAGCUAUCGUCACUGUCCACACUGUCAGUAUAAGGAGUUAUACGUGAUUUGUACAGCCGAGGGAUGACAUGCAAGAUAUUAAUAAUGUACACUAUUUUUUAAAGAAAAACAAACAUUUUAAUGUAGAUUAGUCCAACUAGUAUUUAAAUGAGAGUAUCUAAAUAUGUAUAUUAUAUACUUAUAGGUAUAUCUGGGAGCAGAAUCAUAUUCAACCAAAGUUCUUUGUACAGAUUUUCCUUCAAUAUUUUCAAUAUUUCCAUAAAAUGCAGAACCAUUGUUAAGGGGUUCUGGUCUUCCUUAUUGUAACAUGAAUGAAAUUAAUGAUCUACAUGGUUAUCAAAAAUGGUCUGUUUUUUCCCCUGUCCACCCAGCAUUAUAUGGCUAUGUUCCAUAUUUGGGCAUGCUACAGUACUUCUAGCAGGGGGAAUGAACUCUUCUAUGAUGCGUUUCUGUCUUCCUCAUGAACUUUCAAAUCAUUAACCCUGACUUGUAUGAUUGUGUGGUGUCCUCGACUGUAAAUGUUUGUGUCGUUUCAGUGUGAAUGUGAUCCCUGGCUGUAACCUGGGUUUCAUCUCUGUCCUUCUCAGGAAUGUCACACCUAUUCAGUUCAAGCUGCUGUCACGUUAAACACGCACACCUGGCUCUGUGUUAUAGAAGGAGGAACAGUGGUUUUGAACAGGUGAGGUGAAGGAGAGCCUUGCGUGAAUGUGAAAGAGGUCUGUGUGUCUCAGACGGAACUGAGACCUGCUAGAGGCACCUUAUUUAAGAUGGCUCUGUGGAUAUAUAUUAUACUGUCUUGAGUUAUCAACAUCGGUCCUUUUUCAUCCAGCUGGGUCUUCAUCUGGUUACAGUUAACCAUUAAAUAUUCAAGUCGGA